CCCGGCCAUGCCGCUGGAGGCGCAGGACUGGCUCUACGUGGCGCUGGAGCUGGCCAUCGCCGCGCUGUCGGUGGCGGGCAACGUGCUGGUGUGCGCCGCGGUGGGCACGUCGAGCGCGCUCCAGACGCCCACCAACUACUUCCUGGUGUCCUUGGCGGCGGCCGACGUGGCCGUGGGGCUGUUCGCCAUCCCCUUUGCCAUCACCAUCAGCCUGGGCUUCUGCACUGGCUUUCACAGCUGCCUCUUCCUCGCCUGCUUCGUGCUGGUGCUCACGCAGAGCUCCAUCUUUAGCCUCCUGGCCGUGGCUGUCGACAGGUACCUGGCCAUCCGCGUCCCGCUCAGGUAUAAGAGUUUGGUCACUGGGACCCGGGCAAGAGGAGUCAUUGCUGUCCUUUGGGUCCUUGCCUUUGGCAUUGGACUGACUCCGUUCCUGGGAUGGAAUAGCCAAGACAGUGCCACCAACAACUGCACUGAGCCCUGGGAUGGAGCCAUGAAUGAAAGCUGCUGCCCUGUGAGGUGUCUCUUUGAGAAUGUGGUCCCCAUGAGCUACAUGGUGUAUUUCAACUUCUUUGGAUGUGUCCUGCCCCCACUGCUCAUAAUGCUGGUGAUCUACAUCAAGAUCUUCACGGUGGCCUGCAAGCAGCUUCAGCGCACUGAGCUGGUGGACCACUCGAGGACCACCCUUCAACGGGAGAUCCAUGCGGCCAAAUCCCUAGCCAUGAUUGUGGGCAUUUUUGCUCUGUGCUGGCUACCGGUACACGCUAUCAACUGUGUUACUCUUUUUCAGCCAGCUCUAGCUAAGGAUAGGCCCAAGUGGGCAAUGAACGUGGCCAUCCUUCUAUCACAUGCCAACUCAGUUGUCAAUCCCAUUGUCUACGCCUAUCGGAACCAAGACUUCCGCUAUACUUUUCACAAAAUCAUCUCCCGGUAUAUCCUCUGCCAGACAGAUGUCCUCAAGAGUAGGAAUGGGCAGGCGGGAGCACAUCCUGCUCCCGCUGUGGGCCUAUGACUUUGGCUCUGGCCUCUUCAAGAAGGCAAAUUCACAACAAACAAAGGGACACGACUGACUGAUUCUCGUUGUGAAAGACUCAAGCAUACAGGCUGCCUCUGUUGACUCUUUCCCUGGAGUUACCACUUAUCUAGUUAAUACACACAUGUUGUUAACAAGCACCACAGGCUGACAAAAAUAUUUCGUGGCAUUUAUGGUUCUACUCAGCUGCUCUUACUAAGUGGAUGAUGCUGACAUGUGAAUGGAUUUUAAAAGACAGUUUUUUUUUUUUUUUUUAAGAAUCUGCAUCUUUCAUAGUAGGGAAUGAUUGAAACCAUUUUACUGUGAAAUACUGUGAACUACUAUAAUGCAAAUAUUUUUAACUUAGAGGCAAUGGAAAAAUAAAAGUUGUAUAUACUAAAAAUGUAUACUUGUUCCUAGGAGGGCAAUAAGGAAAAUUAAAAGUAUAAUCUUCAAUCGAGAAGCUGCUGUCUUAAUAUAGGGAAAUGAUACACCCUCAAGUUCUCUAGUGGAGCAUCGUCAGGUAACAGUUUUGAGCUCCCUUCUCUUCCAGGUCAGAAAACUUGCUCUAGAGGAAGAAACUGAAGAAACGGGAUCCCUCCUCUACCAGAUUCUGUUUUCCCCUCCUAGAGCCAGGAAAUGUGUUUGACUUCUCUUCCAAAGUCAAGUUUGGUCAAGAUGCUGGAACUGAAAGUAUGAAAUUUUAUAUAACUCUGUGUGUAUUACAUGAAAUAAGAAUAAAACUUAAAAUAAGCUUAGGGUACAGCACUGGCUUGUCAUACAGAGCUGCGUCUACCCUCUGUACUUUACCCUGAAGACUGCUUUAAAAAGUCUACGCCCAGCCCACAUUUCCUUAGUAGUAGAAAAGUCUUCAUA